CAUUUUCUUCUCUCUGGACACCUGGGCUCAUUGCUCCAGACCCCACGGAGGCUCUCUCCAGCCACUGAUCUCCUUGCUGUUUUCCUGAGGGAGGGCAGAUCCCUGCAGCUGUUGGUGGCUGUGUGGGGACUGCAGUGAGCAACAGACUCAGCAUUUUCCACUCUUUUGGUGGAAACAUCGGCUUUGGUUAUUUACAGCAGAAGCUCUUUGGGGCUGAUCUUCUACAGUAACAACCAUGGAUCAGUUCAUCUCAGCCUUCCUGAAGGAUCCGUCAGUAAAGAAUUGCCAACAACUGGCUGUGGAAUUCUUGCCUCACUACUCUACAUUAAUCAGUAAGGCAGGAGGCAUGCUCUCUCCAGAAACUCUCAGCUAUCUUCAAAAAGCCCUCCAGGAGGGAAAGCUGACGGAUAUGGUGAGCCAGAUUCAGGAAGCACUAACUGCUGCAGAAAAUGCUUCCCUGGAGAUCGCUGUCAUUGGGGAGUCUGGGGCUGGCAAGUCCAGUUUCAUAAAUGCCCUGCGAGGGCUGAGCCAUGAAGCAGAGGGGUCAGCUGGUGUAGGAAUUGUGGAGACCACUAUGAAUAAAACCCCCUAUCAACACCCAAAAUAUCCCAAAGUGAUGUUCUGGGACCUGCCUGGGACUGGGACUCCCAAUUUCCUCCCAGACACUUAUCUAGAAAAAGUGGGAUUUGCUAACUAUGACUUCUUCAUCAUCAUAUCUUCCUCUCGGUUCAGCCUUAAUGAUGCUAUCCUGGCCCAGAAAAUCAAGGAUGUGGGGAAGAAAUUCUACUUUGUUCGAACCAAGGUGGACAGUGACAUAUAUAACGAAGAGAAAACCAAACCCAAAACCUUCAAAAAGGAAAAGGUCCUUCAGCAGAUCCGAGACUACUGUCUGGCUAACCUUAUCGGCGCUGGAGUGUCUGAACCCCACAUCUUCUUGAUCUCCAACUUUGAUCUGGCUGACUUUGAUUUCCCAAAGCUGGAGGAAACUCUGCUGCAGGAGCUCCCUGGGCACAAGCGCCAUACAUUUGCACUGCUGUUGCCCACUAUCUCUGAUGCUUCCGUCGAGAUGAAGAGACGUUUUCUCAAGGAGAAGAUCUGGCUGGAGGCCUUGAGGUCAGCAGCUGUGUCUUUCAUCCCCUUCGCGACCUUCUUGAGUGGCUUCGAUUUGCCUCAGCAACAACAGUGCUUGAAGGAGUACCGAAACUACUUUGGCUUGGACGACAAAUCGAUUGAAGAGAUUGCUGACAAGCUCAGCAAGUCCGUGGAAGACAUCAGGGGCUGCCUCAAGUGCUUGGAUUUCUGGUCCCUUGUAAAGGAUGACAGCAUGGCAGUGAAAGCCGCAAAGUGUGCUGAAUCUUUUUAUGCCGUGAAAGGAGGUCCUGAGUCUUCUGUCAUCCAGGGUGUGAAAGUCUACUUCCUACGCUUAAAAUUCCUUGACACGGUGGCUGAUGAUGCUAGGCGUCUCUUGAACAAGUUAUAAACAGUAAAUAUUGCCUAACUAAACAGUAAAUGAAUUUAAGGGCUUGUGUGUUUCAAGUUGGGACGGGGGGUUUCCUUCCUCCAGACUCCCAGGCCAGCUCUUCCCUAAGGUGCACAGAUGUCUGUCCCGUGGAGGAAGUCCAUUGCUUGCCUUUAGAGGUCACUCCCAUGUUGGAAUUCUUGUUUGACCCUAGCUUGUUUUCUGCGUUUAUUGAUUUAUCAUGCUUGAUCUCCAGCAGUAACACACCCCCUGCUUUCAACUAUUCUGUGCUAAGAGAGAACCUGUUGCUGAUCCACUUAUACUGGAAAACACACACACACAC